AUGGCAGCUCUUGCCAGCUCACUCAUCAGACAAAAACGGGCGGUCAAGGACGACCAGGCCAACCGGCCGAUCGCCAACAAGCGCAAGCCGUGUCCAAAGAGCAACAAGUCGCUUUGCCAGAAACAAAUCCUCGUCCUCAUCUCCAAAGUGCGGCUAUGUGGCGGCCGAAGAGGGAGAACCGACAAAAGGCCAGAUGCCCCAGAGAAAACUGGUGGGGUGAGUAGAGUGGGGGUGUGGAGGGUGGAGCCUCAGCUGAAAGGCAUCGUCACCCGACUGUACAGCCAGCACGGCUACUACCUUCAGAUGCAGCCGGAUGGCACCAUGGACGGCACAAGGGACGAGAGCAGCUCCUUCUCACAGUUCAACUUGAUUCCUGUGGGUCUGCGGAUAGUGGCGAUCCAGGGGGCGAAGACGGGGCUGUAUCUGGGCAUGAACAGCGAGGGGUACCUCUACACCUCCGAGCACUUCAACCCAGAGUGUAAGUUCAAGGAGAGUGUGUUUGAGAACUACUACGUGACCUACUCGUCCAUGCUGUACCGGCAGAGCCAAUCCGGCCGCUCGUGGUACAUCGGCAUCAACCGCGACGGGCAGGUCAUGAAGGGCAAUCGAGUCAAGAAGACCAAAGGAGCUGCCCACUUUCUGCCUAAAGUCAUUGAAGUCGCCAUGUACAAGGAGCCAUCGCUGCACGAGCUAGUGUCGGAGCAGAGUCCGCCACGAAAGACGGUGAAGACGUCGGACUCACCGUCGCACCAAAACGGCCACAAGGAGGCGCCCCGGGCCGAGGCCUCGUAG